ACACUCAGCCUGCCACUCCUGCUGCUUGUUGCCCGAUAUUCCAGCUUUGUCGCACUCUCUUUAUAAUAAAACGUUCUUUUUUCUAAAUUUGGCCGCUUGCAUCUUUUUGCAGUAGUAUUCAUCUCUGACGCGUCGUUUCCUACCUCGGCUGGUUAUGUCUGAUUGAGUCCAAAGUCAAUCUUGAAUCAAUGGCCUCAACCGAUUUGAAUAUUGCAGCUUUUGGUCCGGUGUCUACCUUUGGAAUGACGAAUGAGGGAGAGCAAUAUCAUUGUUCUAGGUGCCGUAAACUCCACAGUGCAGAAAGCUUUGGGGUAACGUUGAAAGGGACGCGUCGAAGCACCUGUCGGAAAUAUGAACGGAAGCGAGAUAUGGCUGAGACCUAUGACAGCUGGUCGGAGUUCUUAGAAUCUACGCACGACUGGAACCAGAAGGAGAACUUUGAACGGAUAGAGAUCGAGAAAUGCUUUCUGAUUGCAGACCUGCCAGUCACUUUCAUAAGGUCUCCACUUCCUGCCAUUGGGGACGAGGUGCCGAACAAGGAGCUUGUGAAUGAAAUUCUCAAGGCAGCCAGGCUUCUUCUGACAGCUCUCUGGGAAGAAGGUGGCUACCGGUAUACCUACCACAGAGCCAGUCCAAGCCAGCGAAAAGUCACCUUUUAUUACUAUUGCUGUCAGGAUGAAGGCAAAUACGGUUCUAAGAAAAAUCAAAUUCAGAGCGCAGAGAGACGGGACGGGGAGGAAAGAACAGAGGGGAGGAAAGAACAGAGGCGAGACAGAUGGAACGUUUCGAGUGCCAUAGCGCACUGUCUCUCCAUAUUGAUUUAGAGCAGCAGACAGUUGGUUUGAAGCUGAAACAUCUGCAUCAUAAGGCCCAUGAAAAUACCGAACUCACGCCAGCGGUGAAGGAUUUU